AUGUGGAGGCUUACUUUGUCAAAGGCGGCCAGAAUUAAGCCACUGCAAGGAUUGACACCUUCCUUGCAAGUUGCGGGUGAGUUAUUUCUGGAAAUCUGUAUUGAAGUCACUCUAUGAUGUUACAUAAUAUCGUUGUGCAUUCCUCGUAAAUACUACGCCCCAAGUAAACCGGUUCUUUUUUUUGUUUGUUUGUUUCAAGAAGUUUUAAACCAAUGGUUAAGAUCUUUGGUAUAAUAGACUUCAACAUCCAGCCUGCCAUGUAUUGCAGCUUUCUUACAGUACAUAGCAUGCUGGGUAACGUUUCCUUACUUGUUUGAAAAAAUAGUAAAACAGUGAAAUAGUGUAGUGGUUUGUGCCACAUUGCUGCAGUAAUUAAAUCGGACUAAAUUUUUCGCUUUUCUUGGAGGAUUUUUUUCGACAUUCAGGACUUAACAGAAGUUGUUAUUUUCUAGGAUUGGGGGGAGAGGUUAUUGUUGUACUCACAGUAGAAAUCUUUGCUAUAAUCUUUUGAGACCAUUUACAAGAUACUAGAUCUCCUUAAGUUGAAUAUACGGUCUUUAAAGUAUUAUUUGAUAUAUGUUAAAGUUGAUAUUUUGGAAAAGAUUGUAAUGAUUUACAUUAUGUAUUGUGAAUUAUGUCUGUUCAAUAAUUAAUCCACAUCUUUAUCACAAGCAAUUAUGUUCACUGUGAUUUCCAGCAAAAAUUCCUCCCCUUUUCAGAUUGUUUCAUAUUUCAAAUUAAUUGACAUAACAGGUUCAUAAAAUAAUUUUUGGUGUGCACUUUUGAUGUUUCAGCUCAGCAUUAUGCCACAGCUGCAGCUCCUGAAAAAAUCGAGGUGUUUGUUAAUGACAAAAGCUUGUUAGUGGAUCCUGGAGUUACUGUCUUGCAGGUGAGAUAACCAUAGUUAUCCUUGUGGAAUAACAAUUUUAGUUCCAAUUUCAUUAAUUUGUACAGUUGCUUAGCAGUUUAAAUGUUUACAGGUUGUAUAUCUCAGCUGGUGACAAAAUUUUGAUAAUGGUAAUAGGAAGCAGUGGAGUCCAAUUUGGUCUGUAAUCCUUCAAGUGAUUAGCAAAAUUGGACAACAGCGAAGCAGGAGUCUGAUUUGUUAAUCACAAGUAUAAUCACAGACAGAGUUGGAUGACAUGAAGUCCUGUCACCAAUUACUCAAAACUAUGACAAAAUUUGAGAAAGAAACAAAACAUUGGUCAUAUGUUUUCAUUAACAACAGUUAGCUCAGCAAAAUGCAAGGCAACAGUACAUGCACAUGACACAUUCUGUCCACUUACUCAGGCAUGACAUUUUAAGUGUCCCAAUAACUGUCCAAUUACACCGUCCAAUUACCAGCAUGAUGCAUAAACUGUCCAAUUAGUGCUCAAUUUGGGCUGAUGGUAACCAAUAUUAUUUGAGAAUUUUGGUUAUAGUUUUGAUUAGCUGCAGUAUACACAUGUAUUUCAUCUAUAUCUGUAUGUAGGCCUGUGCAAUGGCUGGGGUAGAAAUUCCAAGAUUCUGCUACCAUGAUAGACUCUCUGUGGCUGGGAAUUGUCGAAUGUGCCUUGUGGAGGUGGAGAGGUCCAUAAAGGUUAGUCAUUUCAGCUCUUAGUUUUUGCAAAUCACAAGUUUUUUUUUUAACAUUUUAGGACAGAUUACUGCUUUUGUGUUUGUUGGACAUGUAUCAAAAUGUUCUAAAAAUAUUUUUCCACUGAGCAAACCUUCCCAUAAGGAUUUGUGAACUUAAUAAACUCUCUUUUCAUUUUAAAUCCUUAAUCAAUGGGUGAGUGCAGGGUGAGAAAUUAAUUUUUUUUUUCUGAUAGCCACUUGGCUCCUAAAUUCUUGAAAGUGGUAGCCAAUUCAAAAAAAGUUGUUCGCCAUUUUCAAAGACAAACAAAAUCUUUCUUUAUGCUGUCAGCGUUCUAGAUAGACCCUCCAAAAUUAAGUUAGGGAAAAGGACACUAGGAUGGAUGAUAUACAACGUUCAGGCUUAUCUAAAUCCAAGAUGGCGUCUAGUUAUCGAUUGAGAUGCAUGUGCUACGUUUUGGAAACAAACUUAACGAGGAAGUUUGCCGCAGAUUUAUCGUUGCAAAUUUUUUUAAUUCACUAUAUCUCUUGGUAAGGUUAUGAUGAAACAUUCUAGUUGCCAAUCUGGCGACUAACUUUCAGGAUUUGGUCGCCAAAGUGAAAAAUUUAGUCGCAUUGGCGCCUGUAUUAGGCGCAAUUUCACGCCCUGGAGUGGAAAUAUAUUUUUUAUGUAAGAGCAAUUAUGAUAAGAAAUGGUGUCAUAAAGGCAUAUAACUUCUCUCUUUUCCUAAAUUUAGAUGUUAGUAUGGUUUGUGGAACAGUCUGAGUUUCACUAAUAAUAUUGUAUCUGCUUCUCAUCCCAAUAGCCUGUUGCAUCUUGUGCAAUGCCUGUUAUGAAAGGAAUGAAAAUCAAGACAGAUUCACCAAUGACAAGAAAAGCAAGGUAAUGGGAUCAAUGUCAAUAUCUGAGUGGCUGCCUUCCUACCCCUCCCUUAACCCAGCAUUAACCCUAACUUGUUACCAGUUGACUGUUGUUGGGUUAGGAGAGGGGUAGGUGCACACAACGAUAGACACAAUAUCUAUUAAUCUAUACAAAGUUACUAACACUAGAAGUACAUUCUAUUAUUAUUAAGUCUUAAGUGAUACCAUACAUGUAAAUUGUGACAGUUUCUGAUCACAAAAACUACCAGUGAAGACUGGUAGACUACCAACAAAUGGAGAGGUCAUGGGAACAUCUCUGCUUUUUUUAUUUUUAAUCCUUAAAAACCUUAACUCCUAAGAGUGAUGAGCAUCUAAUCGCAUCCUAGAUUAUCACCACUGAGUAAUGAAUAUCGUUAAUCAUCACCCACUAAGAGAGGCUCUUGUUCAUUAAGCAAAUUCUCAGUGUCAGCACCUGAAAUUUGUGGAGAACAGUAUGGAGAAUUUGCAUACUGAUGUCAGGGUGUUAAAGGUUAAUAACUUUUUUUGUCAGAGAGGGUGUGAUGGAGUUUCUUCUGGUGAAUCACCCUCUGGACUGUCCCAUCUGUGACCAGGGAGGGGAGUGUGACCUGCAAGAUCAAUCUAUGGCCUUUGGUAGUGACAGAAGCAGAUUUGUUGACAACAGCUUUUCAGGGAAAAGGUACUGUGUUUAUUGACAAAUGAUAAAAAUUCAGAUUUAUACUUACAGUACUGCAAAUUCUUAAGAAUGUACUAAACCGAGGCAUUAGUCUUGAGAUAAACCUUUUAACUCCUGUGAGUGUCCGUGACAGAAGUUUUCUUGACAGUAUCAACACAAUACUUAGCAGACAGAUGAUGAGAAUAAAGAAAAAUAUCAAUUGGGGAAUUAUUAGUUGAUGCAAUACCAAAUUCUCCAAACUCAUGUCAUGAAUAUUGUAUAGCAGACAAUAAGAAGAAUUACUUAUGAGAUCAUAGGGGUGAAUAGGUUAAAUAGGUUAAUAUACAUGUAUUUGUGAAAGAAAUAUGACAGGCCAUUGAAAAAAUGUACUGUGCAGGGAAAGAUGUACAUUGUUAUGUAGCAUUCUAGAUGGUGAAAACCCAAUGCUGUUUAGGCUCAUGGUUUGACUUGUACUGCUUGUGUGUCUGUAUGUGCAUGGUUAGGUUUCAUGUCAUUCCUUGAUUUCUCCAGGGCUGUAGAAGACAAAAAUGUUGGACCUCUUGUAAAAACCAUCAUGACUCGUUGCAUUCACUGCACAAGGUGUAUAAGGUAAGAGAAAUUCUGUGACCAAGAUCACAUUUCCAUUAUCUCAUCAGGAGUCCUAAUAAAAGAUCCAUGCCACCAACAAUGAGUUAACUUCAUGUAUAAAACCGACAUUUAGGGCUUCUUUCUCUUAUACUAUUUCAAGGUUUGCAAGUGAGAUAGCUGGUGUAGAUGAUCUAGGAACAACAGGAAGAGGAAAUGACAUGCAAGUUGGAACCUAUGUAGAGAAAAUGUUCAAGUCUGAGCUCUCAGGAAAUGUAAUAGGUAUGUAAUUAUAUUUGCACAAAAAAAUUGAAUUAUGUUUCACAAAUUUUUCACUCAAUCUUGAAAUCUCACCAGCCUUGGCAAGUGGGUCUCAAAGUUUUGUACUUGUGUCAUACAUGUAGUUCUCAGAGUUUAGGAUUUGCUGAUGUUAUACCCUAGCCAAGGAUAUCUGUCAAAAGGAAGUUGGAGGACAGUGGUCAAGAUCUUUGUGUUGGAUGACUUUAUCUUGUGAUAUCUGCCACUUGAAAAUUUCAUGAUGUAUUUUAAAAGCUGACACAGUACACAUACUGUAUAUCACAAAAAAAAUGCAAAAGAGAGUAUUUCAACCUUAUUUCUUGUCACCAAGAGUACCUUCCAUGUCUAUUAAUCAGACUAAUUGUAAGGAAUUUUAUCACUGAAGUAGCUUGGGCUUGGUCUUGGUCCCAGAGUUUCAAAAUGGAAUGUACACCUUCGGGGAUCAUGCAGCUCUGGAAUUUUACCAUUUUCCACUGCUACUGAUCUUCAGGUGUCUGCCAUAUUUGGUGUCUGAUAUUAUCUAAGCCAUUCACGUUUAUUUCACAGAUCUCUGUCCAGUGGGUGCGCUAACAUCCAAACCAUAUGCAUUUACAUCCAGACCUUGGGAACUUAGGUAAGGCCUUUUGCAUUUGUCUUUUGUCUUACAUAACUGGCAAUUGAAUAAGCUCGAACAGUAACAUUACUUCUACAGAGGAAUUACACUUUCCUAUCUUUGACAUGCUGUAUGUAAAAAUUGUUUCCCUGAAAAGAGAGUCUACUGUUAUUUCAUGCACAGUGUGAUCUUCAGCUACUUUACAUGAGCCUCUUGAUGCAAUGCAAUGCUUACUGAGCUAGAUUGACUGAUGUUCUCCGUUAUAGGAAAACUGACUCUGUUGAUGUCAUGGAUGCAGUUGGAAGUAACAUUGUUGUAAACACCCGGUGUGGUGAAGUCAUGAGGAUUAUCCCCAGGAUGAAUGAGGUAUUCUAAAAGAGCAAGAGACUUUACUCCAAUAAGAAAGACACCUGAAGAUCAAAUUUGCUUUAAUUUAAUAUUAAAAGUGCAUUCUUUUAGGUAAUGUGGAUCAUGUCAAUAUGUGAUCAACUACACACUCACCCCUCCCCUUACCAAACAACUGUCAACUGGUGACAACUGAGGGUUAGGGUUGGGUUAGGGGAGGGAUAGGUGGACAGUUGCCCAGAUACUGAUAUUUUUUAGGAAAUUUAUAUGGGCAAAAAAGGGAGAAGCCUUUCUUUGGUAAUUAUACAAAGUCUCAAUAAGCUUUGUGUUUUAAUUGUGAAGUUUAUACAGUUACUGACACUGAUUUUUUGCAGGAUAUAAAUGAAGAGUGGAUAUCAGAUAAGACAAGGUAAGAAUAAGGGGGGAUGGUGACUGGACAAAUUUUUCGGUGAUCAAUCAUCAUUUUAAUGCCAGUGUCCUACAGAGGGAGAUUGAGUGACACUUUGGGAAUUGGUAUGGAAGACAUCUUUAAGGUCAGGGAUUCUGUUUCUGUGAUUUCUGAGUCACACAUUUACUACAUGACUUACUCCACAUUUGCUUUGACUCUUAACAACGUCCAUGCUUGGAGAGUGCUGGACUGCCAGGUGGGAGGUGAAUGGUUCAAAUUCUAGACCAGACCAACACUCAGGGUCUUAAAAUAACUGAGGAAAAUGUGGUGUCUUUGUUAUGACAUCUGUAGAUGGCUAUACAUACAUUCUGGUCUUCUGGCAUAAGUACAAUAAACUGUGGGCCCUGUCUCCUGCAUCUUCUCUGUACUGGUUGGUAGGGGACGGUAAAUGACCCACCUUCUUGCAAGGAGUAGGGAAUGUACAGUAACUCCCAGAGUUGUGGUUUUUUUAUUGUUUAUACAGCCCCAGUCCCCCCUCCCCCCCUCUGUUUAAACCAGCUUAAAACUGAACUGGACUUGCCCGUUUUAAUAUUGCAGAUCAAUAAAUAUAUAUCAGACUUCCCCUGCUAUCAAACAUCCAUUGGCUACAACUGUUGCUAAAUUAUUUAACCUUGUAGCACAUGUUAGUGUACAUCAUUGGUACAUGUGUGUUAUAUUUCUAUGCUCACCAUCAUAUCACCCUUGAAACAGGUUCUCCUACGAUGGGCUGAAACGUCAGCGUCUCACCAAACCCAUGGUGAAAGAUGACAAAGGGAACCUGACGCCGUGCACAUGGGAAGAAGCCUUGGUGGAGGUUGCACAGAGACUGUCGCAGGUGAAGGGUGCCGAGGUAGCAGCAGUUGCUGGGGGUUUUGCUGAUGCUGAAUCACUGGUAGCUUUGAAAGACCUGCUUAACAGUUAUGACAGUGAGGGGCUCUACACGGAGGAAGGAUUUCCUGCAGACGGUUCAGGGUGAGUUGUGUUCAGCAGAUCUGUAUCUUUUGUGUGUUGGCUGCUGCUCUGAAGGAGAUCGAAGACGCUUCAACUGGUUAUACUCAUUUUGGCAACAUUUUGCUUUCGUUGUGUGUAAAUGGAAGCAGUUUUUCCCGACAUUUAUGAGCGAUUCUCGCCCACUUAUUUCAUUUCAAUUUUGGUUUUUUUCGCUUUCAGGACUGACUUCAGGUCCAGUUACAUUAUGAACAGCACCAUAGCAGGAAUUGAGGUGAGCGGGGAAAGAAGCGUUUUUAAUUUAGCAUCAAAAGUGAUCCGGAAUUGCAUGAGUAUUUUCUUUGCUCUGUGAUCAGGGUAGAAAUUUCAACCGAUCAGAUGCCUCUACUUUGAAUUUUUCUCAGCGGCAUGUAUUUGUAGAAUUUUCUUUUGUUUUGUUUGGCUGUAGAAAUGACUGUGGUUCCAGUUUUUACGACACUCGCUCUCAUUAUGGGGAGCAUCAUCAGUUCUCAUCGCAAGAGUAGGCGCAAAGGGUCUGAGGUCUUGCUGCGGGAGAGUGAUAUUCUAUACCCAGAGUGACUCAACAUUCCUUUCAUGCGUAGGCCAUUUUAACCUAAAAUUCAUUCGAUAUCCAACACUAGUUUUCCAUGUCUUUCAGGAUGCAGACGUGUUGUUGAUAGUUGGCGCCAACCCUCGAUAUGAAGCUCCGCUGGUAAAUGCUCGUAUCCGCAAAGGGUGAGGAAAUCAUUCAUGUAAUUAUUUGACGAUGGCUCAGUUCUCUUUGCAGUUUUCCCUUUUUUCCUUUGCCACAAAAGUCCGCCGUAGCAACAGUCCGUCCAUUUUUAAAUCACUUAUGCUAACUCUGCACUUAUUUCACUCGUUUCUAUUAGCCUCAGCUCUGCUUGUAAACUUUCCCUCAGUCUCGAUCGAGUAUGCAUUGUUUCGAUAGCUUUAAUUGAUAAUAAUUAUGAUUCCAGAUGGAUGCACAAUGACCUACAGGUUGCGCUGGUCGGCACUAAAGUGGAUCUCACUUAUUCAUACGAGGUACAACAUAUGAUGCGAGCUCUGUUUAUACACUGGAGCAAUUUUUAGUUCACUGUAGAGGGUGAUGCAGGAUAGCCUUGGUUUUGCUUUCCUUGUCACGUGAUUGGUCGUGAGAAUUUGUGGUAUCCUCUCGAACAAUCAUAUUCAACGUUAAAACCAUUCGCAACCCGGUUACGUGCGUUUUCCCGCGCUUUAGCUAGUUAGCUUGUUUUUUCGUCUGAUCGUCUUAUUGUGAUAUCUUCUCUUCUGAUUGGCUACUGCGAUUACUUUGGUUUUGCAAUACCCAAUCGAAAAGCGUUCUUCGGCGAUCAGCUAGAAUAAUGUUAUUACAGAAAGAUGUGAAUCAAUUGUCACAAGCUUGGUCAUAAGCAUUCGUAACUCAGGCAGUCGAGAUGUCGCAGAAAACUUUUUGGUAAGGUUGCCCUUAUUCAAAGUUCAUAGGUGACCACGAGGAUUAGCAAUGUUGGACGUUGCUGUGUUCCGCGUGGACAUUGAGUGAGCAAGAUGGUAGAUUUUGAUUCCGGUUUCGAGUGAAGGAAGAUGUUUAUAAACAUCAGCAACUAGCACGGAACAGUUCGGCAAGUGGUAGACAGUCCUUUUAUUUUGCAUCGUGAUCUCUAUGGUGUGUUUUUACCUUUCAGCAUCUUGGCGACUCGGCUAGUGCACUGAACGAGAUUGUAUCCGGGAAGCACGCGUUUUCAAAGGUAUUUCCCCCAAGCUGAUGAACUGUACAAAAUGAAUCGCUACAUUUAGUAAUCUGUUGUGUUACUUUAGAAAUCUUUAGAGACACAGAAGUGUAAAUGAUAGCCUUAUCGUAUAAUCAUCGAAUUUCUUUCGUUAAUCAAUGGAACAUUUCAAUUUUUAAUUUGUAGGUUUUGGCGAAUGCCGAGCGCCCAAUGAUCCUAGUAGGAAACACUGUUCUCCAGGGACACGAAGGUGCAGCAACUCACCAAGUAGUUGCUGACAUGUCACAGAAGUUGAAAAGUUCUAAGAAAGUCGACAAGGAAUGGAAGGUUCUCAAUGUAUUACACAGGGUACGUGUUCACCCAUGAAUUUAUACCCUCUCCCAAAUUAUCGAAGUCGGGUCUGAUAUUUACAUUUCUUUCAAAACUAAUCUUUCAGCCGCGUCACUGUUUUGCGGUUAAAAAAAAUGAAUGAACUUUCUAACCUACAGACGCCAUAAAUACGCAUAAGCGAACCUGCAAGCAGGUGUAGACAUAUUAAAUUUUCAGUAUUUUUUCGUCAAUAAGUUCCUUUUAGCGUACAAGGAAGGAAAUCCAAUCAGUGGUAACCUUUUAUUUUAAUAAAGGGGUAAGUUUCUAAAUGAUGAGGGGUUUCAAAGAUGGUCUUUUUUAUCAACUGAGAUGAUAAUGCUAAUUUUCUACCGUUAAGGGUUUCUAAACCUGACGUGUGGAGCGUUCGUACCUCGUCAGAGCAAGUUUCACGUUAUUGUUGGUUACCACGACUCAACCGUGCUUUGGUUACAUUGCCACUUUUUAGUGUGUGUUCGCAUUUUUGUCACUCAGUUCCCACACAUUUCCAACACACCACUUGUGUGGUUACCCCGAUUGUUUUAUUGUUAGCGGAGAAACCUCCGUAAACAGCCGUUUAUCACUUUCAUCCACGGAGUCCGCCAAUGGGAACCAUUCUCGUUAGUGGCCAGCUCCAGUCACUUACACCUUUUUUGCUUCCUGAGGAUGUUCGCUCACAAGAGUUUCUAGUGCAGAUGAAAAUCUCAACUAGCAGUUUCUUAGAAAAGUGAACUCUACAAAAAGUUGGUGAUAAACAAUAAACAAUAAACAUGGCCGUUGUUAUUUCGUAGGUGGCCAGCCAAGUGGCCGCUUUGGACAUUGGAUACAGACCGGGAGUCGACAAAAUGACAGAGAAACCUAAACUACUGUUCUUGCUUGGCGCUGUGAGUUAUUUUGCGCUCUUUACACGACUUUUUAGUGUCGCGUUUUUAAUAAGUUUGUUUUGGGGGCCAGAGGCCUUCGUAUGAUAGUAUUCGGUAUCAUAUUAUAAUGGUUUCCGCGAUCUUGCCGCCUUAUCACUCUCUCCUUUAAGAAGAUUUCGAGGUUUACCUUGUGAAUACCAAGCGAAAUCAAGUUUUUACACUUUAUCUCCCAAGAUCUAUUUGUUAAUUCUCCCCUCCAGCUGCUACACAUUUCCUCUUAAAUCAGCUACGAGCAUUUGGUUGUAGAUCAAUGUAACAACUUCUUGUUAUUGUUACCUUGUUAUUCUGAGUAUUCUCAUUACUUAUUUGCUGGUUAUUGUAUGAAUAAUAUAGGGAGAAGUUACAUGUUAAUCACUUCUGGGAGUUACAGGUUUAAAGAUCGUGCCUUGUUUAUUUUGAUAUGAAAGCUGAAGUAUGUCAAUUGUAACUGAGCUGAAAUCUCAGCUCGUCAACUGGGGCUGAAAAAACAGAAGAAGUUUAUCAGAAGUUUCUGUGGGCCAGCCUGCUUAUUAGGCUGAGACACCUUGAGUGUGGAAAGCAGAUGGCCCCAGAAACAUAACAUGUACAAAUACUGUGACUAUCUUAGAAAGUGCAGUGUGCUACAUGAAAGGACUCAUUUUCGGAUUUUAAAUUGCAAAAAUAUUGAAUUGCACCUUUCUUUGGUUUUGUAAUACGUUCCUAUUUUGUAUGUACAGGAUGCUGGAUUAGUGAAGCGAGAAGAUCUCCCUCAGGACUGCUUCGUUGUCUACCAAGGUGUGUGAUUAUUUUUGGGGGUGUGUGUGUGUGCAAUUUAGAACGUGUGGUCUGAUGCUCACUGUAUAGGUAUCCGCGCUUUUGCCGAAAUCAUCCCGAUAAAAGUAGCUAUGGAACUACCAUUGUUCCUCAAUGAUUCAUGUCGAACUCUGUGUCUGCUGCGUUCCAGGUCACCAUGGAGACCAGGGUGCACACAUCGCUGACGUCAUCUUACCUGGUGCAGCCUACACAGAGAAAACCGCCACUUACGUCAACACAGAGGGGAGGGCCCAGCAGACAAGAAGGGCUGUCACACCACCCGUGUACGCGAGAGAUGAUUGGAAGAUCAUCAGAGCGCUAUCAGAGGUAAGUUUUCAACAAUUAUCUCCUAUCUCUUUUCGUUUAACCUAGAUAAAAAGUAAAUGGGUUAUUACAAUGUGUUUGUCUUUCCGGAACAGAUUGCUGGAAAUUCUCUCCCAUACGACAACUUGGAAGAAAUCCGGCGAAGACUCUCCGAAGUUUCACCGAAUUUGACGCGAUAUGGUGAUGUAGAGGAAGCGAACUUCUUUAAUUUGGCUUUGGGUCUGAUGCAGGUACGAUUGAUUUUGAGUUUUGCCAGUAAUUCAUCAACAUUUUGUAAGAUUUAACUGCCAGAGCCGUAUAUUACAACAAUGUCAUUCAUAAGUUUCAUUUAAAAGCAUCGGCUUACAAAUUUCCGCCAUUGAGAAACACACAUGUGCGCAUGUCGUUUCCAAAGGGCAAGCGCGUGUUAUGGAAUUUCCCGCUAUUGUUUGCGUGUACGGAGUCUUCUCUGAUUGUUAAUUGAUGUGUUAACCCUUUAGCCCCUCAGAGUGACUAGCAUCUAAUUUCUCCUUACUAUAUCGCCCCUGAAUCCAACAUGAAAGUCACGAGAAUAGAGGAGUAAAGCAGUUCUUGAUUGUUAAACAAAUUCUCCUUGUCAGCCUCUAUGGAAAUGUAUAGAGAACAGUAUGGAGAAUAUGCAGACUGAUAUUGGGAUGUAAAAGGUUAAUUGUGAAGGGAAUGAGCCUCGAUUCUCAUGGACAGCAAAUGCCUUUCAAUGUAAAACCAUUGUAUUUCUCAUUUUUCAUUUCAGAGCUCUAAAGCACAAUCUUUGAAACAGCCUCUGCAACCAAGCAUUUUGGAACUAAAAGAUUUCUACAUGACAGACUCGAUAAGUCGCGCAUCGCAGACGAUGGCUAAAUGCGUGAACGCCGUGCAAUCAAUGAAGUGA